AUGAAUAUUAAUAGUCGAGUCGUUCAAACUCGAAUCAAUGCACUUUUACAGUCAGGACAUUCCCUCUCACAAUCAACCGCCACCAUGCCUACUCUUGAGCUGAAGUACGCCACCAAAAAUGAGCUUGCUUUCCUUGACACUCAGGUGAAGAGAAAACUAAAGGUUUCCGGCGACAAGAUCGAGUACACCGCAACUGAGCUUGCCACGGAAGACAGUGAGGAGCGCGCCAAGCUAGCUGGCGUUUACAACCUGAACAAGCCUUUUUAUGAUGUCACUCUCAAUUACCGCCUCUGCCCUACCAAAGGUGGCGACGAGAUGAUCUGGGGCGGCACUUUCGCUCAGAUGCGCCGGAAGUACGAUCCCCGGCCCGUCAAGAUUUACAAUGCUCGGGGCAAGGAGUCGGAAUUUACCCUUGACAAGACUGGCUUCCAGUUCGAGCAUUUCCCGACGUCGUACAAGGAUUUUCCAUGGAGCCCCAUCGAUGAGAACCUUAACAAGAUUUAUAACGCUGAGUGUGAAGAGUUCAUGAGGAAGAUUACUGGUGCCAGUGAUGUCCGAGUCAUCUCCCACAUCAUCCGCCAGCGACAGUGGGAAAGUGUCGACCCGGACGAAGACAAAGACAAACCAGACAUGGCCAUGACCGAUGGCGGUCUUCUCUCUGCUCGUUUCGUCCACAUUGAUCAAUCUGAUCUUGGAGCCAAGCGUCGUCUGUACGACGACCUCCCUCCUGGGGAGGGCUCGAAGCACGACGGCAAGCAUCGCUGGGCCAUCGUCAACCUUUGGAGACCAAUGGACGAAGUUCACCGCGAGCCCCUCGCUUUGUGCGAUGCCAGGACAGUUCGCGACGACGAACUCCACGACACCAUGCAUUGCGUGCCUUUCAGGUGGCCACAUAAGCCGACUGAGAAUCGCAUGUGGCAGGUUGCGCCUCCCGAGACCCCCGAACAGCACAGGUGGUGGUUCCGGGGUGGCAUGACGAGAGAUGAUGUAAUUCUCAUCAAAAUCUUUGACUCGAAGAAGGAUGGCCGGGCCAGGCGAACUCCGCACAGCGCUUUCCCGACCCCUGAUGAUAUUGGUCCUGCCAGACGAAGCAUUGAGACGAGGUUCUUCCUUUUCUGGGAGGACCAGAGCUGCGAGUAG